AUGGGCAAAAAGAGACGUGGGCCAACGCUCGAUGAGCUCUUGGCUCGUCCAUGGUGUUACUACUGCGAGCGUGAUUUUGAUGACCUCAAAAUCCUCAUAUCCCAUCAGAAGGCGAAGCAUUUCAAAUGCGAGAGGUGUGGACGACGGCUCAACACUGCAGGAGGCUUGUCGGUGCACAUGAGCCAAGUGCACAAGGAGCAGCUUUCAGCAGUCGAUAAUGCGCUUCCCAACCGCUCGGGUCUUGAUGUGGAGAUUUUUGGCAUGGAGGGUGUUCCCGAAGAUGUUGUUCAGUCGCACAACCAGCGCGUCAUUGCCCAAUUUCAGCAGGCGGAGGCCGAACGGCAGGCCGUGACGGGAAACCCUCCUGCGGGAACGACGUCUGGCGGGCAACCGGCGAAGAAGCCCAAGCUUGAAAAUGUGUCUGACUUGAAGAAGCGCUUAGCUGAGCACAAGGCCAAACGUGCUGAGGCUGUUGCUGGAGGAAGCAGCGGAGAGGCGACACCUGUGGGAGCCGGACAGACACAAGCACUGGGUGGCUUUGCCCAAUCCCCCCAGAGCACUGCUGCUCCCACGCCCCAAUUUACGUACUCGCAACCGUACGGAGGCGCCACUUCUCCUUUCCAGCAAUCGGCGAGCCCCGUAUAUCCGAACUUCUCACCAACUGCGCAAGCACCGUAUCCUCCUGUCACACAAUAUCCACCGGCGGGGUACUCUCCGCAGUCGUACCAGGCUGGUACGCCAGCACAACCUACGCCAGUCUACGGAAGCACUCCUCCACCAUUCCCACCCCAGCCACACCAACAAGCUCCUCCCUCGCACAUGCCCCCACAGAUAACCCCAUCGUUUCCACAGCGGCCGGGCAGCUUGCCGGCUGCGCCUAGCCUUCCACAACGGCCUGCUUUUGGGGCCCCACAAGUCAACGCAUACCAGAUGCAACAGAUGCAUAUGGGCCAUCCCAUUCCGUCCGGAGUGCCACCUACAGCCCCGAAUGGUAGUCGAGCAGAAGCUUCAUCGAUCUCAUCCUCGGUUAACGAUCUCGUCUCUGGGGCCGCGAAGGAAGCUGACCAGGCGGCCGCCGCGGCAAAAGCUGGUGCCGGUACUACCGAAGAAAAGCCAUCAAAGAAGGACAAAGGAAAGCCGACACGUUUGGUAUAUUCCGAUAACGACACCAGUCCGGAGGAAAAGAUGGCUAGAUUGCCAAGGUACGCAUUUGUUCCUGACCAUCGAGGAGAGACGACUCUUGGAGAGCUCCCUGGUUCUGUAGUAGUGGGUACCAUCCGGGACUCGGACACGAUCUUCGAUCCUGCGCAAUAA